CUUUGCAACAAGAUACCCUCUCUUGUUUACAGCCCUUCCAGCAACAAUGGAGUCUAACGUCCCAUCCCUCGAGCAGGCCGAUCUCGACCGGCUCAAUGACAAGGACAAGGCGGAACUGCGCCAAUUCAUCACCAACGAGCAGCAGCGCACGCGCAUUCAAGGCCAAACACACGCCCUGACCGACAUCUGCUGGAAGAAGUGUGUGACGGGAUCGGUCAAGAACGGACAACUGGACAAGGGAGAGCAAGGAUGCCUGGCAAACUGCGUCGACCGUUUCCUGGACGUCAACCUGUUGACGAUGAGGCACCUCGGCAGUAUGCGACAAGGCUCAUAACUUCGGUGAAGCUCAGCAACUACAUGAGAAGACCCGACCGGCCUGUUGACGGUGUGUAUUACUACAUUGGCACCAAUGGAGCCAAGGAGCUGUGUACGACUAUAUACAGCACAUAGAGCAUGUAAACAAAGGCAGGAUAUGGAAGUUAUAGCCUGGGGAAGGCUAUUCUAUGUUGUACCUGCACACGAGUUCGCAUUGUAAAGAGUGAACAUAUCAUAAUUGGGAUCAGUGGGAGGGUUGGAAUGACCAAUUCUUUUCAUUGCCGCCGAGUCAUGAGCCCAAAGCCUAGGUAUCUGACGCCGAUUGAAAAUGC